AGAAUGAACGGCGUACUACUAGUACAACUAGCAGGCAAGUGAUGGUACUUACGAUCCCCCUCUAGACAAAGAUGGUCUACAUGAGGCGCAUCCCUCGACUGCCCUUUGAAGAGGCAAGGGCAUAUGUGCGACGGCUCGGCCUACGGUGCUCCCGCGAAUUUGACAAAUGGGCAACAAGCUCUGCGCGCCCAAGAAAUAUCCCGUCGAGGCCCAGCAAAUACUACCCGGAGGAGUACAGAGGGAUGGCCGAUUUUCUCGGUGUCCGAAAGCCUGCUCCGUGGCGCCUACGCCAGAAGCAGCUACCACUUGACCGGUCUGCUGCUGGUUCUCCGCGUGCUGGCGAUAUGGUGGAAUCUCCUUGUCUGUUUGGUGCUAGCGAAAAACAGCGAUGCGAGGAACCGUGGGUGGUCGAUAGGCAGCGGCGCAUGCCAGAAAUCGGCCAGUCGGUUUCACAAGCACACUUCACUUCCGAAAAAGGGUGCGCGUGGGUCGUGCAGCAGCUGUCGGAGAUAUGUCCCAACCUUAAGCUGGAAAAGGCUCCGUUCCAAAGCCGCGCAUCAUUCUUCUACCAAUUUGCCGCACAGGGCACAGAAGAUCAGACCAACGACGUAUGGUUGCCUCUCAAAGUUUGUUUUGCCAGCACCACAGCUUUUGCCAGUCCAAGGACGCAGUGCUUUCGUUUUAACUACAACAAAGGCGACAUUGAUGGCCUCCCGGGUCCAGGCAUUGCCCUGAUCGCUCUUCAAGCAGGGAGCGUGGCUUUUAGAACUGGUGAUAGCGCAACAUCUUCCUCGGGGACUAUUCGAUCAACUGCAAUACGUACUGCGACCUCGAACAAGGAAGACAGACUUCAGACCAGUGCAGCCGAAUGCGGACAGUUUGCCAACGAGAAUUCCGGCGAGCCGCCCGCCAAGAGGACCGACAAGAGCAGCGGACGAGAGCGGGUAGCAAUUUUCAUACAGGACAAGCAGAUGUUUCCAAUCCGGGUCCUGGCUGAUACGUUGGCUUCUUGUUGGCGCGAUCUUAGCGGUGUGCACGCGCGUCCCAUGGUCGAUUGGUUGGUGGACUUAGCGGCGUCUGAUAGACAAAAUCGACGCGCGAUGCUAAUCACGCAUCUUCAUCACAUCUUCUACAACAAACUGGGAAAGCGAGUAACAUUUGAAUCGACUGUCGGCAAAGGGUGUGACACGUACAUCGACGGAAAGCCAACAUUGCACAGGCUUUUGUGCAAGGUAAGAGACCAGAAACGAAGAGGGAGAUGCGUGACGCAUUAUCGCAUCAAGCUGACCACGACUUGCAACAGAAAGUUUUUCCUCGCUUCCGAAUUCGUAGGUGCAGGGUACCGCGAGAUACCACUGUCGCAGCAUGUAGCUCCGAAGUUUGUCAUCGCUUUACGUUCCGAAAAUUCCGUGCCCGGGGCACUCACGGGCAUUUGGAUUUUUCCACGUGCCAUGUUCGCGAGCUGCCUCAUCGUCGAGGGCGACAUCACGACAGGAAGAACCGACUUACCUCUGUUCACCCCAGAAUGCAGACCGACAAAACGCCAGACCCAGCGUGCGCAGGCGCAACAAAUGCCGUACUACAUCCCGGUCGCAAAUGGCAGAAUUUCGGAUGUAGAUUUCGAGCGUGCGCGAGCUAUACUCGACGAAGAAUUCCAGGAGCAAUUAUACCCUGCAUUUGUGCAACCUUGUGACGAAGGUAACAUCGCUGGUAAAGAUCAAAAUGGACGAUUUGGGGAAGAAGCAGAGUUAAGAUUCUCCUGCAUUGAACAGCAGCGGGCACCGUGA